AUGCUUCAUCCAAAACAGCAAAAUGUAAAGAUUUGUUUGUCAAAGAAAAGUAUUUUUCUAUUUUCAUAUAAUCUUCAUGAAAACACUGUGGAAAGUGCUAAAGAAAUAAGCGUGCAAGCUUAUACACUCCGACAUGAUAAAGCUGCGUCACCUUACCCAGAAACAAAGAAAACCCAAAGUUGGGAAGAGAUUGAAAAUGCUUUAAGUAAAGAAUCGAAACAAUUGUCUUCAAUGAAAAGCAGUUGUAAAUAUAUAACCAGUCACGAUUCUUCUUCAUCAAGCUUGUCCUACAGGCUCACUAAGCAAGACAAGAACUACACUGAAGAAAUAUACGAAGAGCUUAAUUCUCAAAAAAUGUGGACCUUGUCUACAGGAACAAUCGUUGAGAUGAAGAUGACUAAACUUGCCGAAGGCCCAUGCCAUUCAUUAAUACUAGACACUGACGAUAAAACUUGGGGUGAAUACUUCACCCAAGAGGAGCUGGAAGAGAUUCAAGCUCAUAAAGCAAAGCCAUUGAAGCCAUUACCAAGUGAAUUAUUUGAGUACUUGAAUAAUAUCACUCAAGAUGAAGAUAUCGAGACUAUGCAUGAAAGUAUAGCUAGAACAUAUUACAGCCCAAAGAAAAAUCCAUCUUGUUACUGGGCACAAAAAUCUUUGUUAGAUGGUCUGGAUCUACAUAUGCCAGACUUUUUCAAGUCUUUUAUAGAGCACAGUAAAAGAGACUAUUUAAGUCGGGUCUGGAGACUGAUUCUCACUGUGUUCGACAGCUCAGAGAUCUGUAGCAAGGCAUCCUCUUUUGAAUCAAAUAGAGGCCGACAAAUUGCAUCGGUCACAAAUAUCGGGAGAAAGAAAUCCGCCAAACGACCUGACCAUAUAUUUAGAUAUGGUUCAUUUGAACUUGGAAUUUCUGAGGCAGCAAAAGUCAGUGAUGAGAAUGGCGAUAAGGAUAUAAAAGAUAGUCGCAUAAAAGCACCAAAAUUGAUGAAGGAUUUAAUGCAAAAAAUCCUUGAGAAUAAGCCAGGGCUAAUAAACACAUUAAGAAUACCAAGCAUAAUUAUGAGUGGGCUUGACAUAAAUAUGCAUAUACUGGAUAUUCCAGAAGGAUAUGUUUCAAGAAUAACAAGAACAGAGACAUAUUCAUAUCCUAAUGAAUAUAUGUCUUUUGCAUCGGAGAUAAAGCCUUGA